AUGGAUAAUUUCACCACAAGUGGGUUUCUUCUCAUGGGAUUUUCAUCUAAACCUGAGGAAGAGCUCUAUUAUGCUUCUGUGUUCUUGAUCUUAUACUUGUUGGCUUUAAUUGGCAACAUGCUCAUCAUCACCGCGACUUCCCUGGAUGACAGUCUCCAGUCCCCCAUGUAUUUCUUCCUGAAGCAUCUCUCCUUGUUGGAUCUCUGCUACAUUUCUGUGACUGUGCCGAGAUUCAUUUACAACUCUUUCAAGCACAGCAGGAAUAUUUCCCUCUGGGAAUGCAUCGUGCAGUGCUUUGCUUUGAUGACCUGUGGUUCUGCAGAGGUGUUCAUGCUCACGGUGAUGUCUUAUGACCGUUACAUGGCCAUCUGCCUGCCCCUGCGCUACAGCGUCAUUAUGAAUGUCAGAACCUGUGUCCAUGGCGUCACUGGCGUCUGGGUCACUGGGACUAUCUCUGGAGUCAUGCAUACGACAGCUACUUUCUCCAUUCACUUUUGUGGCCCCCGCAUCAUUCACCAGUUCUUCUGUGAUAUCCCCCAGAUCCUGAGAUUCUCCUGCUCCAGUGAGUUUAUGAAUGAGAUCGACGUCACUCUUUUUACAGCUUUCCUGGCACUUGUCUGUUUCACAUUUAUUGGGUUCUCCUACGUGCACAUAUUCUCUUCCGUGCUGAAGAUGCCAUCUGCGGAGGGCAGAGCCAAGGCCUUCUCCACUUGCCUCCCCCACCUUGCUGUCGUCAUCUUGUUUCUUUCUACUUCCACCUUCGAGUUUUUCAAGCCUCAUUCUGAGGUUCCAACUGCUUUGGACAUGUUGCUCACUAUCAUGUAUACCGUAGUGCCCCCGGCAUUGAAUCCAUUGAUCUAUAGCCUGAGAAACAAAGCCAUAAAGUUGGCUCUCAGAAAGAUGUUUCAAAGAAGGAAAGGAGCACUUACUUCCAUUCAUUCCCUAUUGGGAGACAAGUUCAAUAUAUAA